UUUUGUUUAUGUAUCAAAAUUUGCAGGCGGUUCGUUUCAGAUCGGCAUAACCUCACUUAAUAAUAUACGUCCUGGUAUCUCGUUUUAUGUAGUAAGAAGAACAAUAAUGAGAUGUCGUUAUAGCUAAUACUCACUAAUGGUAACAGCUCAUGAUAACUUUUCUAUUACAGCGUGAGUAAGAACGUAUCUUGACAUAGUAAAUAUAAUUGUUAUGACGAGAAGCUAAGGCACUAGAACCCUCCCUCACAAGUUUUACUUUAGGGUAGCAGCAGUUUGCAAACAUUUGUCGUAUCCGGCGUAACUAAAGACGAUUUUAUUUCGUUAAGAGUGUCAGCUUGGUGUGGAGACGAAAUAUUAGAGCUUAUAGGCCAAAAGUUAAUUUUUUUAUUUAUUUGGUAUGCGUAUUCCAUGGAUCCGUACAUGCGAGUGAUUCGCCUGGAUGUAGAACGUGUCAAUAUAAUUGUACAAAUACAAUUAAUGCUACAAAUAAUACAAUGAUAUAGAACAACCAUAUAUGCCUAACCUGAUCUCUACAUAGAGGACACUGAUCUGUUAUGUAAAGGGUCUGUCAGUAAGAUCCAAUUGCUUUCAGGAGAGAGUGCCUCCAGGGGACGUGGCAACGACAGCUGUUCGGGUGGCAGAUUGAAGGUGAUUCGUUGUGGUUGAGCACGAUCCGUCGCGACGCAGAAGGCCGACACGGGUGAUACACCGUAAUGUAACGGUUGCUGUUGCGGAAGCUCAACACGUUGCGGGUGUGUUCGGAUUGACAUGUCACGGAAGACCGACGCGGAUGAGGAACAGAGAUGUGCCAAGAACGGUAGCGGAAGCUCAACUGAGUCAGCGUAAGAGCGACAGGUUGAUAUAAAUACAUGUAAUAUACUGAAGAAAAACGAAUGGGCUCCGCCCCUGUCAACAUGAACCGGUAUAUCACAUUAAACCAACUUGGAGAUGGAACAUAUGGCUCCGUGGUUCUGGGUCAGAGAAUUGAUACUGGGGAGAAGGUUGCUAUUAAGAGAAUGAAGAGGAAAUAUUAUUCCUGGGAUGAGGCUAUGAACCUACGAGAAGUUAAGUCACUGAAGAAACUUUCUCAUGCCAAUGUUGUUAAACUAAAAGAGGUUAUAAGAGAAAAUGAUACAUUAUAUUUUGUUUUUGAAUAUAUGAAAGAAAACUUAUACCAACUAAUGAAAGACAGAGAGAAACUGUUUCCUGAACCAGUCAUUCGGAACAUGGUGUACCAGGUCCUCCAAGGACUUGCUUUUAUGCAUAGGCAUGGAUUUUUUCACCGUGACAUGAAACCAGAAAAUUUGCUUUGCAUGGGACCUGAACUGAUUAAAAUAGCUGAUUUUGGUUUAGCCAGAGAAAUAAGGUCCCGUCCACCUUACACAGACUAUGUAUCAACUAGAUGGUACCGUGCACCAGAAGUGUUGCUGCAUUCCACAAACUAUAGCAGUCCAAUUGACAUUUGGGCUGUUGGCUGCAUUAUGGCUGAACUAUAUACUUUUCGCCCAUUAUUUCCAGGAAACAGUGAAAUUGAUGAAAUAUUUAGAAUUUGUUCCAUCCUUGGCACUCCAGAUAAGAAGGAGUGGCCAGAAGGAUACCAACUAGCCAAUGCAAUGAACUUCAAGUUUCCACAGUUUUCACCAGUCCCUCUUGGUAGCAUCAUCCCUAAUGCUAGCAAAGAUGGUCUUGCACUUAUGGGCGAUAUGUUGAGUUGGAACCCUAAUUCAAGACCUACUGCUCAGCAGUCUCUCAGGUAUGCAUAUUUUCAAGUUGGGCAGAAACUUGGCAUUCAACCUGACUCAAGCAUUCGCUUGUCUAAAGGCAACAGCAACACUCAAACUUUUGGUCCAAAACUACAACAAUCUGCUGUGCUCUACCGCAUAGGAUUGGAUGAUAGUUUAUCUUUACGUCGUAGUAAUCCACCUGCUGCAGCUCCACAGCAAAACCAUUCACAGGUCUCCUUUAGUUUUGCCCAACCAGAGCAAUCUUUGAGGCGCAACAAGGCUGCUAUUCAGAAAACCAAACCAUAUACUAAGGUGGACAAUAAUGAAGAUAAACAUUCCACUUUUAAUGGAAGCAAACAUGUCCCAUGUGUGGACAGAUCAUUCGUUAUGAAAGAGAACCACCCCAGUUAUGGUGCAUUACCUUCAGGUGAAAAGCAGCAAAUGCAACCACGCAAAAAACUAAGUGCUAAAGAACACUAUCUCUCAGUAGCACGCUAUGUGGCAGGACAGAGCACCAAUGUUUCGAGGGGGAAAGAAGAGAAAAUUUUUUCACAUGAUCCAUUCCAGAAACCCAUAUUAGCAACAGAACCAGAAUACAAGCCAUCACAAUGGAAAAGAAAUGAGAAUUAUCAGUCCAGUGCAACAAAAAAAUCUGCAACUCUUACAAUGAAGCAACCAUACUUCACUCAGACACAGUACAUACUAGCACCAACGUCAAAGGUGCCCCUUCGAAACUCAAAUAUCACCAAUGAUGCUAACAGUGAUGAUUCUCAGGAGGGUGAGAUGAGAACCUCUAGAGUAUCAUUACAUUCUGGAAAGCUGUUUGGUGGGAUAGUUAGUCAACAAACUAGAGGUAUUCCUGGUCGGACUGAUUGGGCCGCUAAAUAUCUGAAAUAAUGACUGGAUAAUGCUGCUACAAUGAUUAUUCAGUACUUGUGUGAAAUAUGGACUUCCAUUUUUGUAUAAUGGGACCAUAAGAUAUGGCAUGGAAACUGUGCAUGAAAGGUGUACAGGUGCUGUGUAGUAAUUUGAUGGAACAACAGUUGAUAAUGCGCUUUUUUUAGUGCCUGUAAGAUGUGUUGUUUGAUAAUACUACAAUUUGCGAAAUUGUAAAUAGUAUUUGAUUAGAUAUGUAUAUACAUGCCAAAAACAGUGUACAGAUAUUUAUACUAAAUAUGGUUCUUUUUAUAUGACUUUCCCAUACAAACGAUCAAAACCCAAUGAAGACAGUGUUUCAGGAUGCCAGUAGUGUUAGUAUCCCAUAAAGAACGCAGCUGAGAUUUCAUAAUAAAAUUAGAUUCUUUUGGGAAUUGUCUCUUUCAACAAUUUAUUUUUUCUAAAUUAAAUUUAUACUUAAUGU